GAUCGAAAUUAGGUGAACUCUCGAGUGAGGAAUUUAUCAUCGAAAAGAAAUUGGAAGCUGGACGAAAUGCUUAAUAAGAAAAAAGUUUCUUCAUUUUUCAUUCGACGUAAUUGUUCGGACACGAUUGAUUUUUGAUAAACUACAUCUCUGAAGAAUUGAGGUCGAUACGUAACUUGACGCGACGUUUCGCUGCGCAGAACAAGCAAGUGACCAGUGACCAACACCAACAAUGACCAGUGACCGACAGUGACAGCUGACUAAUGUAACGCGACACUCGUCCUCGCGUCAUUCCGUACGCUUGUACUUAGUUUGUACUCACGGCAAGGCCUGCACAAUAUAUACGCACAUAAUAUUGAUUGAUAUUAAUGGGGAAGAAACCCAUUUUCCCGAUAGGAAGAACUAAUUUCUACUAUUAAGUAAGUUGUAUCAGAGCAAUUGCUCUGUAUCUGUAUAGCGAUCAUGGAACAAAUGAUUGCAAUAAGUAGACAAAAUCCAUUAUCUAUAUUGGUUAAAUUUGGUAUGAUGGCUUGGAAUAACAGUUGUGGGAUUGAAAAUUGUUCUGGUCAUGGAGAAUGCCACAAUGGAACUUGUUUAUGCGAGAUUCAAUUUGAUGGACCAGAAUGCCAUAUUCCAAAUCUAAGCUAUUAUGUUGCUUUUGCUACAAUCUUUUUUUUAUUAGCCUUUGUUUGUUUGAUACAACUUGUCAUGUGUAUUGUCGCUGAAUGGCAAAGAAUGAAGGCACCAUCAUUUUUGAGAGCAUGUAGGGUUACUACUCAAAAAGUGUUAUACUUUGUGGUUUUUCUUGCAUCAAUUAUACGAGGCGCAUAUUUCACAUCACCGACUGCUUUUAAAGAAGGCUGGUCCAGAUCUUUACUGUCAGCAUAUUAUCCAUUGCUUUUAAGUGGAUCAUCAUUGAUUGUUUGUUUUUGGGCUGAGGUAUUUCAUCUUAGAGACAUUCGAUGGGACAAACCUCAGUUUUUAUCAAAAUCUUUUCUGGCUUUUGUUGUCUUCAACAUAAUAACAUAUUCCCUUCUAUUAGCAGAAUUUAUUACAGCUCAAACAUAUUCACAACAAGAUCAAAGUUUCUAUACACAUGUAUUCAAUGGCUGUUAUGCAGUGCUCCUGUUCAUUGUAGUGGUUUUAUUCUUGAUAUAUGGAGUAGAAGUAUUUUUCAAGGUUCGUGGUGGAUUCUUAAAUGAAUAUCGAGUCGCUUCCAUUGCAACAAAUAAACGUACAGCUGAUGAAGCAAAGAUCCAGGCUGAGGAUCAAGUGACAGCAAAAUUAUUUGAUCCAAUUCCAUCUACAUCUACGACAGAGCCUUUACAUAUGCAACAAGUGAAUACAUCCCAAUUACAUCAAUCAAGAUUUGGAUUACUUUCUCAAGCCUUUAUGUUGUUCAUAAUUGUUGGUUUUCUAUUCAGUGAGACUCUCAGUGAAUUUUGGAAAACAAAAGUGCCAUUGUACAGCAGGAAUUGGCAUGAUGUUGUAUUUCGUGUUAUUGAAGUUGGUGUAGCGCUGUGGUUUCCCUGUGUUUUAUGGAACUGCAUGAGUCCGGAACAAUUAUGGAUUCUAAAUCCGAAGCGUAUAUUGAAAAGAUUGGAUCUGGAUCAGGGAAAACAUAUAAAAGAAAUUGAAUUGCAAGAAAAGAAUGCAUCUCAAGAUACUGCAUUUCUUCCCACAGAUGGGACAUCGAUUAAUAGCAAGGAUUGUUGGAUUUGUUAUGACAAUGACAGACAAGAUGCUGGUCCACUAAUACAACCAUGCCAUUGUAGGGGUGAUGUAAGUGCUGUACAUCAUGAUUGCCUACGUCGUUGGCUCGUCGAGAGUUCUGUUAAUGCUGACAGCCUUAUUUGUAAAGUUUGCAAUACAAAGUACAAUGUUGAACAUGCCAGUCGAUUAGAUUGGCAAAAUAGUUUAACUCCACGCCAUUGUUUGCAAACUAUCGCUAUUGUUACUACGAUGUGUGCGUCUUCUGCUGCUGCAUGGGUAGUUAUUCAACUUGUAGAAGGACCCAUUAUCAGAAUGUUCGCAGCCGGAACCGCAUUAUUGAUUAUGUAUGUCUGCAUAAGAUUUUUGAGUUUGAACACUGUUGUAGCGUAUCAACGAGCUAAAAUCUCGUCGCUAAAUAUUGUUAACAGUGAUAGUGAGAAUAGUGGGACUGCACAUGUUACGACAAUAAGUCACACAAUUUCUGUGGACUUAACGAAAUCGGAUAUGGCUACAAUAUAAUCUAUACUUGCCAUUGCAUUACAAAACAUAGGUAUGCUUCCUGCUUGAAAUAAAUUCAAGAUAGGAAAAUUAAAUAAUAAUGUGUAGAUGUGCAUGUUUGGUUUUAUAAGUAUAAACAUAUAUACAUAUAAUGACUAUAAUUAAGACACAGUACGCUUUCAAUCAGAAUUUUCAUAUACUUUUUGUAAAAUAAUAAAAUUAUUUUACAAAAUGUAGAGAAAAUACUAAAAAAAAUGUACUAUGUUACAUUUCAUUGAAGGAUAAAACAGUUGCCAAACUUUUAUAUUUUAUGUUUCCUUAUUAUUUGAUUAUAUUUCUAAAUGUAUAAAAUGCAAACUAAGUUUGGAUGUAUAGAGAUCCCAUAUUUUACAUUAUAUA